AUGUAUAGACAAAUACCUUUAUCUGUUGCGUUCAGUAGUGAAAACCCUGACGUCAAAAUAAAGGGGAACAGAGUAACGUUUAAGUUUCCAACAGACUGGAUUGUGAACAUAAAUGAAGAGAAGUACAUUGGCAUAACAUCUAUGUAUAUAACACGUGCUUUCAGAAAGGUUGACUUUAUACUUCAAGUCGAGAUAGAAAAUGACGAACAGUCUUUAAGCGCCCAAAACAUUCACAUAUACAAAUACUUUAAAGACGAUACAACGUUAGAAGACUGUAUAAUUACAUUUUACGAAAAUUUUCAAAAGAAGUUUAACAUUGAAGUACAAACUUUACAGCCUUUACGUGAGUUUCUUGCACAACUGAAAGAAGAAGGAAUUGUAGAAAGAUUAAUAGCUUUUCAUUACGAGUUUGUACCAAAUGAAGAUGGAACACAUGACUGUCAAUUCAUUGUAUUCUCACCAUUCAAUGAAGUCGCUAAAAAGAAAGAAAAUCCAUUACGUAUAAGAUUUCAA